AUAAUGAAUCGCUGUUUCGGUACGAGUUUUCAUAAUGAAGACCUCAUGUAUGGACUCAUUGGACUCACUCUCGGCUGCCAUUAAUGCCAUCAACGCUACCAUUACUGUUGAUAUAAACAAAAGACAUUAUAAGACACAGCUCUACCAUCUGCUCAAGUUGAUCAAACAGUUUGGCUUUGAAUGCGAGCGACAGAUAUAUCGGUGCCUUCUGUUGAGCAUCACAUCAACGAGUGAUUCGCAGAAAAUCCAUUUAUUGCAGCAGUUGUUCACCGAUUUAGACCUCUUCUCGUCCGCCCAUUGGAUAACACUUAUUGAUUGCGCUCUUAAGGGCAUCGUUGCCAUCAAUGUGUCCGAGAUAUGCACUGCUCUUAAACUGAAUGAUAACCAAAGGGCCGCUUUCCUGGUGGCGCUCACAGACAAGACUCAGUCGUGUCCGGUGUCCUCAGACCUCUUGGAUCAGUUGUCGCUCGACUGUGACUCGCACUCUUUGAAUGAGUUAACCCAUUAUAUCAUCGCUAAGACAAACACUGAUAACAAGUCUUUGUCUCAAAGUUUGACCAAAAAUUUGAAACUCAACGAGAAGUCGAUCUCAAAAUCUGUGAAUUUAUUGCAUUUGCCUUUCGUUGAGUCGGUGUCCAUCAGCCAAAUGGAUGUCCUAUCGUUGGCGUCGAGUGCGGCCAAUCUGACCGACGACCAGAUCGCCGGUAUGAUUGUCAACGAAAGUGGUGUUUCACUGACCGCAGAGGUUGUCCAGCAAUUCAAUGUGACACCAAAACUGUGCGCAAAAAUCUUGUGCUCCAUAUGCGAGAACUCGCAAAUCCGUGCCAUCGAUGGCCAACCCUCUGGUCAGCCGCGCUGUGAAGAGAUCGACACAUUUGCGGAUAUUUGUCGUGAGAUCAUGUCAUCCGCCUCUCCAUUGACUGAAAUAAUACAAGUGAUAGACAAUGAAGUGUUUGUGCAAAACGCUAAGAAUAUGUUUGGCAACCAAUCGUUCAAUAAAAGCCAAUACGCUUUCCAUCGCUUUUGGCAAUUUUGCACCAAUUUGUGUACAACUGAUAAACAAGGAGUGUCCGUAUUGGGCGUAACUUUUUUCCAAAAGUUGUGGACAAAUAAUAUUGAGUUUCAGUUUGGUUUCAUAGUUCAGUGCAUUAAAAACAUUUACAUCGCCAAAAUGCUGUCGAGUGCGCCCACAGGGCCGGGACCUGGAGGUAGUGAAUCGACUAUUGACCAAUUAGUGCCGCACCUGGAUGUGUUGAAAUGUCAGCCAGACUUUGAGACAACUCCCGAACUAAACUCUUGGAAAUAUCAGCGAUUCUACCAAAUAUUAGUCGACUUUUGUUCAAUGAAUUACAACUCUAUGUCCGGACAGAUGAACAUGAGUUCAAUAUUUUACUCGCAAGUCAUGGAGUUAUUCAAAUCACCACUACAGCAGUGCCCCGAUCUGGUGGCGCUCGGACUCUUGGGCUGUCGUGACGGGCCCUCCUCUGGCAUCAAAAGCGAAUUGUUAGGUCUGGCGAUACCUGUAUUCCUCGGCAAUCACGCGAACGCUGCCAUAAUUCUGCACACGAUAUGGAAUACCAAUGAAUUGACGCCAAAUGUGACACAGAAUACAAACAAUUGGGCGAAACAGAUACUACUGUCCGCGAUGUGUGAGUACUAUAUUAAGUCCCCACACGAGGAGCAACAACAACGACUGUCCCGUAUUCUGGAUGUGGCCCAAGACCUCAAAGCGCUCAGUAUUCUCCUGAACGGCAACUGUUAUCCAUUUGUGAUAGACUUGGCAUGUCUGGCCUCACGGCGCGAGUACUUAAAGCUCGACAAAUGGCUUAAAGAUAAAAUUGAGUGCAACGGCGAGCCAUUCGUGAACGCGUGCAUUAUGUUUCUGAACCGUCGGUGUCCGGCACUGUUGGGCACAUCACCUCUGUCUGAGUCGGCCGCUAACAUGACUACAUUACCGGCCGAGACGUUGGCCACAAUGUUGUCGUGUCUGCAACAGGCCAUCAGUAACACCGGCUCUCCGUCUUCUGGUGCCAUCACAUCUGUCUCAGCGAUGUCUCAAGAGAUCAAUGACGCCAUCCUAACAAUGGUUGCCAACUCGACUCGUCUUAUAUCUAAACUGCCGCGUCAGGGCCCUCCCGGCGCUCUGCCCACCAUAGGUCCGCCCAACCCUCCUAUCCGUUCAAAUCUGCCCCAACUCUCUACUCAGUCAUCGAUCGGUGAUCUCGGAAUCAGUGGUUUAAACAUCAGUCAAACUACUGAAGCGCUCUCUUCAUCAGUGCGACCGUCGGGUUUCAAUCCGAUUGGUUUGGGUUCACAACAAAAUGCGAACAAUAAUGCAGUGAAUGCCGGCCAACAGGGCGUCGACCAAAUGGGAGACUUGACCACCAAUUUGGCGCGAAUUUUCCCGGAUAUGCAGCACAACGUCAGUAUUGACAUCGAAGAAGAGGCCGACACUUACUUCCAACGCAUAUACAAUCAGCAACAGUCUGGAAGUCUAACCAUCGAUGAAGUGCUUGAUAUGCUUCGACGCUUCCAGGACUCGGAUGCGCGGAGAGAGCGUGAAGUGUUCACGUGUAUGAUCCGCAACCUCUUCAAAGAGUACGGCUUUUUCCCGCAAUACCCCGACAGAGAGCUCUUGAUCACUGCCCAACUGUUUGGCGGUAUAAUCCAAAUGGGUUUAGUCAAGUACAUGGCUCUGGUGGUGGCGCUCCGGUACGUGUUGGAGGCGCUGCGCAAACCACACGGCAGUAAAAUGUACUUCUUUGGCAUCGCCGCGCUCGACAGGUUUAAGUCCAAACUCAAAGACUAUCCCCUCUAUUGCCAACAUUUGGCACAAAUCCCUCAUUUCCGUGACUUUCCGGCCCAUCUCAUCGAAUACAUUGAGUGCAGCACUCAGUCGAUGCCGCCAUCAAUGAGGAAUAGUGUCAACUCAUCUCAAACACCGGUAGGCAUGCCUUCCAUCGUUGGCUCCACUCCAGUCCCAAACUCUGGUCUCUCAUCAGCGUUGCCUCAGUUGAGCGCAAACCUAACAAUGGGUUCCGGACUAAACCUCACCACCAACUCGAACAACAUAUCGACAUCACGUGUGGUUCAGCCGCCCAUCGUUGCCAACAACACGACUUCUAUGAGCCCUGCAAUUACCACAACGAGUACUGCAAUCACUACGGCUUCCUCUUCAGUCAUAUCGACGGCAAGCAAUUCGCGGCCUUCGAUCGCAAACGCGACAAACAUCGACACACUGUUGGCCGCCGGCGAAACCAUGUAUGCCGUGCCUCCCGAUGCCAUUCAGGACAAGAUUGCGUUUAUUAUAAACAAUUUAUCGCAACUAAAUCUCGCGCACAAAACCGAUGAGUUUAGGGAAGCGAUUGGAAACGACGAUCAAUACAACGAUUGGAUCGCACAGUACUUAGUGAUGAAGAGGGCGUCCAUUGAACCCAACUUUCACGCCCUUUACGCCAAUUUCGUGGAUGUGUUGAAAAUGUGUGAAUUGACGCGAAUUGUCUUAAAGGAGACGCACCGCAACAUUAAAGUCCUUCUCGGCAGUGAUAAAGAGAUCGCGAACUUCAGUGACCGCUCUCUACUCAAGAACUUAGGCCAUUGGUUAGGGAUGUUGACACUCGCCAAGAGUAAGCCCAUUCUCAGUCAAGACCUGGAGCUCAAGAACCUUCUGGUGGAGGCGUAUCAGAGGGGAACUCAAGAGCUCUUAUACAUCGUUCCGUUCAUUGCUAAGAUUUUGGAGAGUUGUGCCAAGUCUCGAGUGUUUAAACCGCCCAACCCGUGGACUAUGGCUAUAAUCAAAGGACUGGUGGAACUGCAUCAGGAGCCCAACAUUAAACUCAAUCUCAAGUUCGAGGUCGAAGUGUUGUGCAAAACGCUUAAUAUAGACAUCAAUACAUUGAUCGGCAAAUCAAAUGUCCUGAAGAGUGAUUUAUACACCAAAAUCGAUAACCAAUUGGGAGGCGGAGGUAAGGUCUCACAACCAGUACUUCAGCCGCAAACUACACUCGCUUCGCAAAGUGAGCCCAUUCUUAUACCCCGUCACCUGACAUCCCCGCCAUCCCGUAACAUGCCGUCUAUGGUACCGCCGCCACAGAUGCCAAUUAUACCCCAGCAAUCCAUCCCAACACCUACUGUGGGCACUCAGUCCCCCGGAAUGCAACUCUUCAACUAUCACGACAUUAACGUCAACAGCACGAGUGGUCUCUCACAACACGUCGUCAUUCAACCCAAUCUACAGCUACUGACUCUGAAUCCGGCGCUCAAACAACUGGUCCGACCGGCCAUUGAGAGAGCAGUUCAGGAAUGGAUUGUUCCGGUCGUGGAAAGGAGUAUCAAAAUCAGUCUCACGACCGCCGAACAGAUCAUCAAAAAGGACUUUGCUUUAGAUCCCGACGAGAAUCAUAUGUGUGUCGCCGCACACUAUCUGACCAGAAAUCUGACCGCAGGUAUGGCUAUGAUUACGUGCAAAGACCCCCUCUUUGUGUCGAUCACAACGGCGUUAAAGAACGCAUUCCUGAGUCGAUGUCAGAUCUCGAAGGAGUUGAUUGACGCCACGGCCCACACCAUCGCCACCGACAACAUAGACCUCUGUUGUUGUUUCAUACAGAAGACUGCUAUCGAAAAGUCUUUGACAGAAUUGGACCGAAAAAUGAAGAAUGAAUACGAACUGAGACGGGAGGCCAGAGCUCAGGGCAGGCGCUACUGCGACCCAACUGUGCUGACAUACCAGGCCGAGAGAAUGCCGGAAGCGAUUCGCCUGAAGGUGGGUCCCGUCACUCCUCAGCAGAUGAAUGUAUACGAAGAGUUGGGCAAAAAUAUCCCCGGAUUUCAGUCUCCCAUCUCUGAUAAUCCGAAUUCUCCCAUCUCUGAUAAUCCGAAUGUCAUAUCGAACUCGAAUUCAAACCAACAAUUGAUUGGCUCAUCGACUGCCGCAUCAUUCAAGCCGCCAUCCAAUAUGACUGCGCUCUCCAACCAGAAUGUGUCCAACAGUUUCGGCGCCCCUUCCGAUGUCGGACCGCCCGUCUCGACCCAAGCGGCCGAUGCGGCGCUCGUCACCAUCUAUGAGAAGCUGAUGACCGAAUUGGAGUCACUUAUGCAUCAAUUCAGUCAAAUCCAGAGCAUGUCAUCCGAAUUGUUUGUCAACACUAUCCGAUCGAUUGCUGAGAUUCUACUACUGGCGCGACAGAACCCAAGAGAUGUCAUGUGUGCCCUCACGUUAAUACAGAAGGUGUUGGAAGCCAUUCACGAGCUCAUGAUGAAUGUCGACCAGACAGGAGUGGCCGAUAUGCUAGUGAUUGGUCGCGCGCGUGAUCUGUAUCUCGUUAUCCUUAAGGCUCUGUCAGAUCAUCGAGCUUUCACUCAUCAGUGGACCACCAAACAGAUCACUCGCUUAGUAUUGGAGCGACUGUUUAGUUCAUCCACAGGACCGGCACUACCGGACGAAUUGCUGGAGAUCUUAAUCCGGGCCUCACUUAUCAACUUCCAGAUGAUGGACAUUCAUUUGGCGCAACUCAUUGAGAACACCCAAAACCCUGUGGCCCUCGCGUUCACUCUUCAGUUCAUCAAAAUAUACGGCCAUAACUUCAGUGAAACCGAUUUCCCCAACACUAUCGAGAAUCUGCUUCGUCUGAGUAAAGGCGCUGGACAUCCAUUGCUCGUCGAAAUCCAGCAAAUUGUUGACAGUCUUCGGGGGUCACAGUCGGGAUCCGUUGGCGUCAACAACGACGUGCCCUCGAGUAUGGUCUCAAUGCACGACUCAGUCAACCAGACCCGUCAGUUUGAUGCCGACCCGCCCGGCCUUCUCGAGAAGACUGAACGACUUCUGCGCGAAUGGAUACAACUCUACCACUCGCAGGCGAAUACCAGCAAAAUAUUCCAGUUCUACGUCCAACAGAUGAACCUCCAGGGUAUCCUCAAGACUGAUGACUUAAUCACACGAUUCUUCCGUUUGUCGACCGAAAUGUGUGUCGAACUCUGCUAUCGUAUACUCAACGCCGCGGCACAGACUCCCGGCUCGUCCAACAUAAUCGACGUGCGCUCCAAAUGCUUCCAUACAUUGGAUGCGUUCACACACUUGAUUGUAAUGCUCGUCAAACACAGCGGCUCAUCAACGGCCGCAUCGGGCGCCGCCUCCGAGACGACCGCCAAACUUAAUCUGUUGAACAAAGUGCUGAAUAUCAUCGCAGGUGUGGCCACUCAGGACCAGGACAUAAGACAAGCAGACUUCCAACAUCUGCCAUAUUAUCGUAUAUUUGUCUUACUGUUCAUGGAGUUAGUGUUAGGACCCACCAACUUGGGACUGCCCGGCUCUGUACUUCUACAGCACAACCAAAUGGGAUUAGGGCUCAACCCCUCACAGUUGGACCCAUUGCUUGAAUCGAUUCAAUAUCAAGUGUUGACCGCUUUCUGUAAUACACUCCACAUAUUGCGACCCUCUAAAGCGCCGUCAUUCUCGUUCGCAUGGCUUGACUUCAUUAGUCACCGCACUUUUAUGGAGAAAUGUCUGCUGUCCGGUGCCAUCAACUCCGGCACUCCCACUAAGGGCUGGCAAAUGUACGCCCAACUGUUGGUCGACUUAAUCAAAUUCGAGGCACCAUUCCUUCGGAAUGUAGAAUUGCCUCAAUCUAUGGACUCUCUCUAUAAAGGAACACUGAAAGUCUUUUUGGUUCUGUUACACGACUUCCCGGAAUUCUUGUGCGAGUAUUGCUAUGGUUUAUGUGAUGUCAUACCGUGUAAUGCCAUCCAAAUGCGAAAUCUAGUUCUGAGUGCAUUCCCUCGCAAUAUGAGACUUCCCGACCCAUUCACUCCUAAUCUGAAGAUCGAUACGUUGCCGGAAAUAAGUCAACCCCCGCGCGGGUCAACCACUCUGACCACAUUCGGCACUCAGGUCUUCAAGAAGGACUUGGACUCAUAUCUACGCACGAGAAGUCCCGUCACUUUCUUGAGUGAUUUGCGCGGAUAUCUUCAGCAAACAGCUCCAAACAAUAGCACAGAUUUAGUUCACUAUAACAUCCCAUUAAUCAAUGGUUUGGUGCUAUAUGUCGGCCAAACAGCUAUUCAGUCGAUCCCACCGAAGAGUAUCAGUAUGUCAUCGAUAGCCCAUUCGUCACAUAUGGAUAUCUUUCAAAAUCUUGCGGUCGCUCUCGACACUGAAGGUCGCUAUCUAUUCCUGAACGCUAUCGCCAAUCAGUUGCGUUAUCCCAACUCUCACACCCAUUACUUCAGCUGUACUCUACUCUAUCUGUUCGCCGAAUCCAACACCGAAGCAAUUCAGGAGCAAAUCACUCGCGUCUUAUUGGAGCGCCUCAUUGUCAACCGUCCGCACCCGUGGGGCCUAUUAGUGACAUUCAUUGAGUUAAUUAAAAACCCGUCGUUCAAGUUCUGGAACCACGAGUUCGUCAGAUGUGCCCCAGAAAUCGAGAAAUUGUUUGAAAGCGUCGCCCGUUCUUGCAAUGGGGCCACUCAUAGAGGAACUGCUGGCACCGGGCCCUCCACUGCCGACUCCAGCAUCACUCAAUCCAAUCAAAUGACCUAAAAUUACGAUUCAAUUACUAUUAAAAUCAUUUCUAAAGUCAGAUAAUGUG